AUGAAGUGUAGCCGAAUUCCUACAGUGCUCUGGAUUUUCAAACCCGCAAACUUGUGGGAAUGGCAUGACCAGCUUGAGCAGACGGAGGUCGCGCUGCUUGAAGGGAUUUACAAGACCAACGAGCAAGUCAACUAUGUAAAUUACAAUCUUAUUACCCCUGAAUCAUCAAAGCGUAACUUCCUCAAAUCCUGUGUGAACUACAGUCUUGCAUUGCGGAAGCAUCUCGUGAAUGCAUCAAGUAUCAGACAUGGUGUGCAAGACUUUAAGCAGCUCAAGCGAAUCCAUGCCCUCUCUGUGACGCUUGGAAUUCUACCCAAUUUCCAGUCUUUGGCUUGCAAUCUUUUAGAAACUUACAAGAAUCUGGGCAAGCUACGAGACGCUCAAAAUAUCUUCAACCAGAUUCAACAUCCAGACAUUGUGUCUUGGACAUCCCUCCUUAAUCUCUACCUCCACUCUAAUCUCCCCGCCGAAUCCCUUGCUGUCUUUUCCCUUUACAUAGACAGUGGAUUCAGACCGGACAGCUUUUUGGUUGUCGAAGCUUUAUUGUCAUGUGGUCGUGGCAAGGAUUUGAUCAGAGGAAGGGCCAUUCAUGGGAUGAUCUUAAGAAAUCAUUUAGACGUGAAUUCUUUUGUGGGUAAUGCACCGGUUGAUAUGUACUGUCAAAAUGGGAAAAUUGAAGUGGCAGCCUUAGUCUUCGAAAGAAAGCGAUUAAAUGAUAUCUUUGCUUGGACUACUCUGUUUAAUGGGUAUAUUUUGUCCAAUGAUUUGCAUUCUGCACGUCAAUUGUUCAACAAAAUGCCUGAAAGAAAUGCGGUUUCUUGGACAUCAAUGAUAACUGGUUAUGUUAAAGGAGGAGCUCCAGUUCAAGCUCUUGAGCUCUUUUGGAAAAUGGAGGUCCGUCCUAGCACAGCUACAAUAGUGGCAAUACUGUCUGCAUGUGCCGAUACUGGCGCUCUUAAUAUUGGUCUGUCCAUCCAUGGAAAUGUUAACAAAACAAAUCUCGAGUUGGAUGUCAUAGUGAAUAAUGCUUUGAUGGAUAUGUACUCAAGAAGUGGGAGGCUUGGCUUGGCUAUAAGAAUAUUUGACGAGAUCUUGGAUAAGGAUGUAUUUUCACGGACAACAAUGAUAUCAAGCUACGCAUAUCAUGGGAAAGGACAACAUGCUUUGGAGGUACACUCUCAAAUGUUGAAAUCAAAGCUAACUCCAAAUGAGGUUACCCUUUUGUCACUUUUGACAGCUUGUAGUCAUUUAGGAUUAGUCCUUGAGGGAAAAAUGUUGUUCAACAGAAUGAUUCAUUACCAUCAUUUGAAACCCAGCAUUCAGCAUUAUGGAUGCCUAGUUGAUCUUCUUGGCCGAGCAGGGUUUCUUGAAGAAGCAAAAGAGGUGAUUGAAAUGAUGCCUAUUGAACCUGAUGCUGCAAUCUGA